UGGUGCUACGCUAUCCGAGAGGCUCAAGAACAUCAUGAACGCCCUGACUUACAAUGUCUACAACUACGGAUGCACAGGUCUCUUUGAGAAGGACAAGCUGCUGUUCUCCUUUAACAUGACCAUAAAGAUGGAGCAGGCUGAGGAGCGUGCACCUCAGGAGGAGCUGCACUUCUUCAUUAAAGGGAACCUGUCUCUAGAGAAAAGCCGCAGGAAGAAGCCGUGGGAUUGGCUGACGGACCAGAUCUGGGAGGUCAAACUGUCUGAGCUGUUACCAGAACAGUUCUGCAGUCUCCCUGAUGAUGUGGAGACACACUCUGAGGACUGGAGGACCUGGUACGACCUGGAUGCUCCAGAACAGGCGACGUUCCCUGGGAGGUACCAGGAGAGCCUGAGCAUGUUCCAGAGGCUACUCCUGCUGCGCUGCUUCAGGGUGGACAGAGUCUACAGAGCAGUGACCAACUAUGUCACUGUCACUGUGGGCGAGAGAUAUGUGCAGCCUCCCGUCAUCACCUCUGAUGCCAUCUAUGAGCAGAGCAGCCCCUUCUCUCCCAUCAUCUUCAUCCUGAGUCCAGGCUCUGACCCUGCCACUGACCUUAUGAAGCUGGCCGAGCGCUCGGGCUUCGGGGGAAACAAGUUUAAGUUCCUGGCCAUGGGACAAGGGCAGGAGAAGGUGGCACUGCAGCUGCUGGAGAAAGCUGUGUCUCUAGGGCAGUGGCUCAUGCUGCAGAACUGCCACCUGCUGGUCAAGUGGCUCAAGGACCUGGAGAAGUCCCUGGAGAGGAUCACCAAACCCCACCCCAGCUUCCGCCUGUGGAUCACCACCAACCCCAUUCAAGACUUCCCCAUCGGCAUCCUGCAAAAAUCUCUCAAAGUGGUGAUUGAACCCCCCAACGGUCUGAAGCUCAACAUGAGGGCUACGUACUCCAAGAUCUCGCAUGAGUCUUUGAGCGCAUGCCCGCACCCCGCCUUCCGCAGCCUGGUCUAUGUGCUGGCCUUCUUUCACGCGGUUGUACAGGAGCGACGCAAGUAUGGGAAAAUCGGCUGGAAUGUGCCCUAUGACUUCAAUGAGUCUGACUUCUUUGUAUGCAUGGAGGUCCUCAACACAUACCUGACCAAGGCCCACAGCCAGGGGGACAGCAGCAUUCCCUGGGAAAGCCUCAAGUAUCUCAUCGGAGAGGUGAUGUACGGAGGUCGGGCCAUAGACAGCUUUGACCGCAGAAUCCUCACUAUUUACAUGAACGAGUAUCUGGGAGACUUCCUCUUCUGCCCGUUCCGACGCUUUCACUUCUUCUGCAACAGUGAGGUGGACUACAAGAUCCCCCCCGACGGGCUCAAGAGCGUGUACAUGGAGGAGAUCGAGAGUCUACCUUUAGCCAACACCCCUGAGGUGCUGGGGCUCCAUCCCAAUGCAGAGAUCGGAUACUACACCCAGGCUGCCAAGGACAUGUGGGCCAACCUCAUUGACCUGCAGCCCCAGACAGGUGAGUCCAGCGGCAGCAUCAGUAAAGAUGAGCACAUCAGCCAGGUGGUUCAGGACAUCCAGAGGAAACUGCCCAUGCUCUUUGACCUGGAUAUGAUCCCCAAGAAACUGGGCGCUAAGGUCUCUCCCACCACAGUGGUGCUGCUACAGGAGCUGGAGCGCUUCAACAGGCUGGUGGUCCGCAUGCAGCGCUCCCUGGCUGAGCUGCAGAGGGCCUUGGCAGGAGAAGUGGGCAUGAGCAGUGAGCUGGAGGAGAUCGCCCACGCUCUGUUUAAUGGGCACAUCCCUGCUGUUUGGAAGAGACUGGCUCCAGACACUCUCAAGUCACUGGGCAACUGGAUGGGCCACUUUAGGAGGAGACAUGAGCAGUACCACCACUGGGUGGAGGAGGGUGAGCCUAAGGUCAUGUGGCUGUCUGGACUGCACAUCCCAGAGUCCUACCUGACCGCUCUGGUGCAGACAGCCUGUAGGAGGAACGGCUGGCCCCUAGACCGGUCCACUCUCUACACCCAGGUCACCCAGUACCGCAGUGAGGAUGAAGUGCCCGACCGCCCCUCCCAGGGCUGCUUCCUGUCUGGCCUGUACCUGGAGGGAGCAGACUGGGACAUGGAGCAGGGCUGUUUAGUUCGGAGCAAACCGGAAGUCCUGGUAGUAGAGCUGCCCAUUCUCCACAUUAUUCCCAUCGAGGCUCGCCGCCUCAGACUGCAGGAGAGCCUGAGGACCCCCGUGUACACCACGUCUCUGCGCAGGAACGCCAUGGGAGAGGGCCUGGUGUUCGAGGCCGACCUGAACACGGCCGACCACCUCUCCCACUGGGUGCUGCAGGGUGUCUGCCUCUACCUCAACACAGACUGAACCAAUGGCAAAAUAAUAUAAUAUAAUAAUAAUAUUCACAUUAUUAAAUCCAUGUUUGAAUCUAUUACCUCACAUUGGAUUUUUUCCAGGUACACCUGGCAAUACCGUAAGGCAUGAGUGGAAAUUCAAUGCUAUAGAGCUUGGAAAUUGCAAUCUGAGCUCCAGUAUUGGUAACACUUCCCACUGUGAUUAAGUCCUGUAUUACACAAAAUGGAUUCUUGUGAACUUUUAGUCAUGUUGGAACAUUGGUACCUCCCAGAGCUGGGGACUUGAAAGUCAUGACUUGGACUCAAGUCAGACUUGAGGUACUAUUUUUAGGACUUGGGACUUGACUCAGACAUGAGGCCUGUGACUUGAGAAGAUUUGAUGCGGCUCCUAAAAAUAUAUGUUUUUAGAAAAUACUUUUCUCUUUACAGCUGAUAAAUGCGGUGCUGAAUUUUACAAGAACAAACUGGAACAUUUCCCUCCCACUUCUGUUACUUUGAUUGUAACUGAAGUACUGUGAUCUGGUAUCCUCAAAUGUACUACAGUAAUACAGUACAAUACAGUACAGUAAAACAGAGGGUACUACAUAGAACCUCAGUACUUCCUUCCAUUUCAGUACAGACAAAAUAGCUGUUAUUUAGCACUUUUAAAUCUUAAUUCUUUCUCAUAAUGAUUCACACUAAGAUUUUGUCAAAACAUUUAAAAAGGAAAAAAUGCAUUUCUACAACUUGUAUAUAAAUAUGCCAGGAAUAUUUUAAGUACAAUUUAGUUUAAAAUUCAUAUAAACUGCAAAAAUCUAAGCUAUAUUUGGUACUUUGGUUUAAAACCUUGAAGCUCAAAGCAGACAACUUGGACUUGACUUGGACUUAUGGGCCAGUGACUCGAGGCUCGACUUGGACUUGCCUGUAUUUGACUUGGGACUUGACAUGGACUUGAAGUUAAAGACUUGAGACUUACUUCAGACUUGGAAAACAAUGACUUGGUCCCACCUCUGUUACCUCCUCAAAAAAAAAAAUACCUGGAGUGGUAUUGUUUCAUUCACACAUUUUAGUAAUCCUGGUUUAUUAGUCUGUUUACAUCUCCAAAGCUCAAAAUGUUCAUUAGUUUGGCAAUUCGAGAGCUGAAUUUAACCAAAUGAUUCUAGUAAAGGUGUAUGGAGUUUAAAAACACAGUGGAGCACUUCCUGUAUUGUUUGUUUGAGAGAAGAGGACAGCCUGAAUAUGCAGAAUUUCUGUGUUAAACAUGUGUAAAUGAAACAAAACAAGAACUCCAUGUCUGUUUUUGCUGAGGGAACAUAGCAGAAAACAGCAUAAUAUAUGCACCAACCUCGCGUCAUGGGCCCUUAGAACCAUUAAUACCCAAAGCUGGUGAAACUGGAUACUGAUCAGAAAACAUUUUAUUUAGUAGAAAUUACUUGUGAAAUGAUGGCAGAAUUUACAACAUGAGCUGCAGCAGUUACAAAACCAACAGAGGCACUUCUGUAGGAGAAACGACCUGCAAAUCUAUCCGCACUCACAAGGAAACAUCACAUUAGUCAUACAGAGAGGUGGAACUAGCACGUUAAAAAACAGUGUGUGGACAUGAGACAGCUUUGCAAAGUAUUCAGUCAGUCGCAUAGUGUAGCAGUGUGGCUCCUCUCAUUUGAACAUUGUAUAUACAGGGUUUGGCCCCACAUUACUUUUGGAAGCAAGUAUCAAAGUGGACAGAAGACGGAAAGACUGCCUUCACACCUGAACUCAGAGCACACACACACACACACACACACACACGGCAAUUCAAGUCAAAUCUCAUGAGCACUGGACACAAAAGGUUUCAGAAGGAGAUUUCAGAUCAAAUUGAUGCAAGCAGAAGAUGUCCAGUGGUUAUUUGUCCAGUGUGGCUCAUUUAGUCUGUAGUGUAGACUUUUAUAGCCAAGUCCUGGCACAUGAUCUUGACAGUUCAUAUUUCCUCUACUAAGUGUUUCAGGUGCACUAUGCAAUGGCCCGUUUUCAUCAGCCCUGUGUGGCCUAGUUGUGUUUCCAUGGAGCUAAACAAUAACCGCCUACCCUGAUUCUGCAAAUAAAGUUCUCAUUCAUUUUUCCCACAGACUUUCUGGGGAAAAAAAGAAGUAAAUGUGCCUUUUGGACUUAAAACAACCGCAUCAUGUUAGCAAAUAGCUGGUUAGUCUCCACAGUGCCUUUGACCUCUUAAUA